UCAUAAGAAAUAACCAAAUACCAUGCUUUUCUCCACAUGAACUGAUUGAUUUGAAGCUUUAUGCUUUUGGACUUGCCUUGCGUGCUCUGCUGGUGCGUGCUAUAUCAUUAAUGUAAAGCAUGUUUUGAGUGCUUUUUAGUAACCUGUAACCAUUGUUUGGGGCCCGAUUCACGGUUGUUACUACUAACAGAGAUGAUAUUUUAUAAAAACGUUUCACGUUGUAUAUUAUUUAUUAAAAUUUCGUGUAUAUUGAAAAUGAUAGGUUACAAAAAUAAGCUAAAGAAUCUACUGCAGAAAGUGACAGCAUAUAUAAACUGGUGUGAUAAUAUAUGGUUCUGUGUAUAUUUUUGGAAAUGGGUGUUAGGUCCUUUCAUUAAUUUCUACCAUCUAUCAUCUUACCAUCUCUCCUAAAAUCAUAACCAAACUAUGGCUGUCGCUUUUAACACUCCUAAAACCAUUAAAAGGGAAAAAAUAGCUCGUUUUGGGUUUUAACUAACACUCCAAAUCUAGGAAAACAAUAAUAAAAAUAAAAAUAAAAAGAUACAGCAUGUCAGAAGCUGAUUGGUCGGUCCAUGGCCACGUAGUAUUCUCUGUCUUCAUCCUCUAUCUCCUCUCAUAAAACCAGCAACAUCUGCCUUUUUCUUUGGCCGGAGUUUUGGAGGGGCGAUUAUAUAUAUUGUAGUAAUGGAUUUCUGGCCGGAGUUUCUUGCAACCAGUUGGGGUAAAGAAUUUGUCGCCGGUGGAUUUGGUGGCAUUGCUGGUAUAGUCUCCGGCUACCCACUUGAUACUCUUCGAAUCAGGCAACAGCGAUCCAUUUCUGGUUCUGCUUUCAAAAUCUUUCGUGAUAUUAUUGCAAACCAUGGCCCUGCUGGUCUUUACAGAGGCAUGGCUGCUCCCUUGGCCUCUGUCACUUUCCAGAACGCUGCUGUGUUUCAAAUCUACGCCGUUCUUUCUCGGGCAUUCAACUUCUCCCAAUCCAACGGUGACCCUCCGAGCUAUAAGGCUGUGGCUUUUGGAGGAUUUGUCACUGGAGCUCUUCAGAGCUUCAUCCUGUCGCCGGUGGAGCUAGUGAAAAUCCGCCUGCAAUUGCAAAGUUCUUCUAACCAAGGCCCUGUGAGCGUAGCCAAACGCAUCUGCAAAACAGAAGGAUUGAGAGGGAUUUACAGAGGACUUACCAUAACCAUGCUCAGAGAUGCACCGGCACAUGGCAUCUAUUUCUGGACAUAUGAGUUCAUGAGAGAGCAGUUUCAUCCUGGCUGCCGGAAGACCGGCCAAGAGAGUGUCAGCACAAUGCUGUUUGCCGGAGGGCUCGCCGGAGUAGGCAGCUGGGUUGUCUGUUAUCCCUUAGAUGUGUUGAAGACAAGAAUUCAGGGUGAGACACAAAGCUCAUCUGGAAAGUAUAAUGGAAUUGUUGAUUGUCUUGGCAAGAGUGUGAGAGAAGAGGGUUACAGAGUGCUGUGGCGAGGGCUGGGGACUGCGGUGGCUAGAGCAUUUGUGGUUAAUGGGUCCGUCUUUGCUGCAUAUGAGAUUACUUUGAGGUGUUUGUUUAGCAAUCAAGCUCUCUGAAUUGCCCACAUUUCCCACGGUCACUAAAAUGAGAAUGAAUUCGUCUCUUUUUUACUUCUGAUAUUGUUAGUUUUAGAGUCAAAUAUCUUGGUCAAUAGUUAUAAUAGUAAAAUCAUAUAUAGUAAAUGAUAUUGUAUAGAAAAAAAUUGUGUCCAUUGUUGUGCAAUUCUCUUCUCUGUUCUUCAUGUUCGUAUAGAAAAAAGUUGUAUU